AUGCAUGUUGAGAGUGUUCGGCGUGCAGCCAACCGUACAUGUGAGCGAUGCGGCGAACCCUCGUUGCGAAUCGCGGAGCACUCAGUCUGCUCGGCUUGGAUGAACGAUUGCACUACACGGAGGAGGAGGUCAAGGCGGCGUAUCGUCGACAAGUCAAACGGUUUCAUCCAGAUGCGGGCGGCAGUGCGGAGCGUUUUCGAGAGCUCCACGAUGCGUAUGUUUUUCUCCUUGGGGAUCGCAAGGCAACAGACACUCCGGCAGAGCCAUGUGACAGCAGUUCUUUCUACAAUAACGCCCAUUCUCGGUGGUCUGCGGGUCGGUAUGAAGGAGCCGGGUGCGGUGCGGCAUUUGCACGUGAUGCCUCCAGCGGUUAUGCCCGCAGUGAUUAUGAGUAUGAAAUGGGCGUUGAGCGGGACGGUGAGAGGAGGUACGCAAACCGAUCUACCCGUGAUUUUUACCGUCCGUACACAUCGAACCCGUUUGCUCAUGGAUUCACCGAUGAAGAGGUGCUGGAGGCGGAGCGACUGA